AUGGCAGCUCCGACGAAUCUUUCCGUCCCCGUCGCUGAGACGCGCCUGACGUCGCUCUCUGUUGACGAUGAGCUCAAAGAAUACGAGAAGAUUCUAAGGAUAAGCGAGGAGAUCUUUGCAGGAACCCACCCGAGGCUGAAGGUCCCUCAGCAAUUUGUUCGCAAAGCUCCUUCACGUACUCUCCAGACCCCUGUGGCCUCGGCUGCCAUUGAAUCCGCGACAACUCCGCAGCCAAAGGCGACACCGUCAAACGCGUCGCUGGUAAAGCCAAAAUCAUUACAUGGAGCUUCUCCAGCCCAAGCUGGUUCAAUAGCUCCGCGUCCCGCCGGCGCGAAGUCGCAUGUAGCUCCAAAACUCGCGCCAGAGAUCGAUCCCAUAUUUCUAACCAAGUCCGAUGACCUAGUCCGAGCAGAAAUACAGUUACAAAGGAGGAGAGUCGAGAAUGCGCUGAGGGAACAGACUGAGCGAACAAAAUAUGAGACGCGCCAGAAGGCCGUUUCUCAAGAUGAGAAGCCCGACUUUGACAUUUCGGAUGUUUUGAAUCAGGCUCUGGAGAUCGUUAAGCCUCUUCCAUCAGUUUAUGAUGCUCUAGGCGCUAAUGGUACAAAUGCUCCUAGCGAUUCCUUUGAUGAGAACUCCUUGUAUUCUAGUAGAGCUCCCGACUCCCCCUCGGGCGGGGACCACGAACAACAUGCAGCUGUCCAAGGUACUACUAACAUCAUUGUUCCAUCUCAGGGGUCCGCCCGACCUGCACAAGCAGAAUUUUACGAGGAACUGGAAGAGACACAGGAUGAACCCGAAUACUCUCCUCCGGAACCAACAGAGCCUAUGCUGGAUGUGCAAGAAGAUGACGAUUACCAGCCUCCCGAUGUACCGAACCCUCGACGUCCGAUAUAUGAGCGACCUCCGAGAUAUGCUAUGCGACAGCAGUCGGUGUCCCCGGACAUGAGAAUUGUGAGGAAUCACAUCACUUCGCCUGCAGCUCCACAACCAUCGCGUGUUUCACCAUUAGCCACUGCUAAACAACCCCCAAGGUUGAGGGCUGCCCAGAAUGACUACCGUGAAGAAGGUCCUACAGAGCUGUCGUCUGGCCUGAGUACUCCUGAUGGUGCGAUUCAGCAAUUGAUGCCUCGCAAGCGUCGCCGUGUGCAAGAGCCUCGAGCUGGAAGUACAGUGCACGCUAUUAACUCCCCCGGACCGCGUAUCAAGCCUGAGCCUGUGUCUCCGCCUCCUUUUCACGAGACCCAGCUCUCCCGUGGCCAUGUUCGAGAAGCGCCAGUGUACAUUGACAUUGCAUCACCGCAGUACACCCCGUCUAGUGAGCGUAGAGAGGCGAUUCCUCGAGAAUCCGUGUACGAGCAUGACCGAUACGGAAGCAGCGGGCGUGAUUAUGAACCCCCUGCUGAGCCUAGCACCCGGGCAACUUCUCGCCUCAGUGGACGGAGGCCAAUGCGUGACACUGAAGAUUUGAGGCGGGUGGCAAGCCUCCAUUAUGCACGGAAUCGGGAGCCUGUUUACCGUGAAUAUGGGGAGCCAGUAACACGGCCACGAUCAGUCCGGGCUUCAUCUUAUGCAGUAGUUGAGCGUCCUCAGCACGAAAAGGCGACGUACUACGAGCCCCUGGUGCCGGCAUAUUCCAGACACUAUAGCCAAUACGAAGAUUACCCUCCACCUUCACGCGUUCGGGAAUUCUACGUGGAGGAGGAACCGCGAUAUAUCGAACCGCAGCCGCGGCGAAUCGUUGUCGAUGAGUACGGCAAUCAAUAUUACGAGAUGACGCCAGCAUCGAAGAUUCGCGCCAUGCCGCCUCCUCCGACUCGGUCAGCAAGGCCUGACGAGUACAACGAGCGAGUUCAGAUGCGCAGUGCUAGCGUUCGGGCGGGGUCGAUUGUAGACGAUGGAUAUGGCAGCCGCAGAUACAUCCAGGAGAUGGCACCGCCUCCGUCGACAAGCUAUAGACGUGUAGCGGAGCAUCCACGGAUUGUCAGCGAGGGCCAGCGGCCGUAUUCACGUUCGGUGACGGAGCACGAGCCGGUGUAUCGAAGCGGCAGUGUUGCUGUUGAGUACACCCCCUCCUCCCGGCCGUCUAUCUACAUUGACGACGAUGCGUCUCGGCAACGAAGUAUUCGCACAUCUAGUGUUCGACCGCCAUCGAGCCGCUACGAGGAAGCACGCGAGGUGAUUCAUCGUAUGCCUAGUGUUCGCCCCAAUGGACGUGAGGUGAGUGCAUAUACGGGCGAAGAAAGCCGGCUACUGCCGGAAUACGGCGAACGACCGGUAUAUAGCUCGGUGCGCCCGGAGCACGAGGGAAGAUACUAUACCGAAGAGGAUGGAGCACGAAUGGCUGUUGAUAGCGCGGGGGACAUGGUACACCGGAUUCCUCGAUACCAAUAG